ACUGUAUUUGUGAAAUAAUGUCAACAAAAAUAAACAAGGGUAAUUUGGAUCAAAAUACACCCACAUAUUGGAAAUGGAUUAUAGCGUUCUCGUGCUCUUGGAUUAAUGUAUUCACUUUCGGUAUAUUCCGAUCAAUUGGACUCCUAUUCGGUGCGUUUGUGUCGGAGUACGACUGUACGUACCGACAGGCCUCGUGGCCGGUGUCCCUAAUCGGCAGCUUUGCGAGUAUUACCGGUUUAUUGGCCGCAUUUUUGAGCCAUUAUUUCCAGAUCCGGACACUGGUGUUCACGGGUGUACUUAUUUGCUCAUUCGCCACAUCCAUCUGCUAUUUGGCCACAGAUAUCAUUCAAAUCACUAUUUUCUUGGGAGUCAUUCAG